UUGACCGUCUUCGGUAGUACGGCCGGCCAACAUACAGGAACCAUGCCCGAAAGGAGGCCUUUCGUACGGUUGCCAACAGACGUUUACCCCGUCAACUAUGGCUUAUGUUUGAAGCCAGACUUGAUCGACUUCACCUUCGAGGGCAAGCUGGAAGCCCUGGUGGAGGUCACACAAGCUACAAAUCAGAUUGUGAUGAACUGUGCCGACAUCGACAUCAUCACAGCUUCCUUUGCACCUCUUGGAGGAGACGAAAUUAACGCUACAGGAUUCAACUAUCAAAACGAGGAUGAGAAAGUCACCCUGUCAUUUCCUAGCGUCCUACUGAACGGCUCCGGCACGCUGAAGAUCGACUUUGUCGGGGAGCUGAACGACAAAAUGAAAGGCUUCUACAGAAGUAAAUACACAACCCCUGUGGGAGAGGUCCGGUACGCCGCCGUCACCCAGUUUGAGGCAACAGAUGCUCGCAGAGCCUUUCCCUGUUGGGAUGAGCCAGCUAUCAAAGCCACCUUUGACAUCACCCUGAUUGUUCCCAAGGACAGAGUCGCCUUGUCAAAUAUGAACGCCAUCGACCGAAAGCCAUACCCGGAGGACGAGAACCUAGUGGAAGUAAAGUUUGCCACCACGCCCAUCAUGUCCACGUACCUUGUAGCUUUUGUAAUUGGCGAAUAUGAUUACGUGGAGAGCCAGUCUUCAGACGGUGUCACUGUACGUGUCUACACACCGAUUGGGAAGGCGGAACAGGGACGAUUCGCGUUGGAGGUGGCAACCAAGACCUUACCUUUCUACAAAGACUACUUCAACGUUCCUUACCCAUUACCGAAAAUCGAUCUCAUAGCUAUUGCAGAUUUUGCUGCUGGUGCCAUGGAAAACUGGGGCCUUGUUACCUACAGGGAAACGGCGCUGCUAAUCGACCCAAAGAAUUCCUGUUCGUCGUCCAAGCAGUGGGUGGCACUGGUGGUUGGACACGAACUGGCCCACCAGUGGUUCGGAAACUUGGUCACCAUGGAAUGGUGGACCCACCUUUGGCUGAACGAGGGAUUCGCGUCCUGGAUCGAGUAUCUGUGUGUGGACCACUGCUUCCCGGAAUACGACAUCUGGACCCAGUUCGUCUCAGCCGACUACACCCGCGCUCUGGACCUGGAUGCCCUGGACAGCAGCCAUCCCAUAGAGGUGAAUGUGGGCCAUCCUUCAGAGGUAGAUGAAAUCUUUGAUGCCAUCUCUUACAGUAAAGGAGCGUCAGUGAUCCGCAUGUUGCACAACUACAUAGGAGACGAGGACUUUAGGAAAGGAAUGAACUCCUAUCUUUUAAAGUUCCAACAUAAAAAUGCAUCGACGGAGGACCUGUGGGACUGCCUAGAGCAGGCCAGUGGAAAACCCAUCGCCGCAGUGAUGAGCUCGUGGACCAAGCAAAUGGGAUUCCCAAUCAUAGUAGUGGACCAGGAACAGCAGGGCGAUGACCGCAUCCUCAAGAUAUCUCAGAAGAAGUUCUGUGCCAGUGGACCACAUAACGGCGAGGACUGCCCUAGCUGGAUGGUUCCCAUUAGCAUUUGUACUGGUGAGGACCCUAAAUGCACCAAGCUCAAGGUUCUGAUGGACAGCCCGGAGACCUCGAUCACUCUAAGCGGCGUUGGCCAGGACCAGUGGGUCAAGAUCAACCCUGGCACGGUGGGCUUCUACCGCAUUCAGUACAGCUCCUCCAUGCUGGAGAGUCUGCUCCCGGGCAUCAGAGACCUCAGCCUACAGCCCGUGGACCGCCUGGGCCUGCAGAACGACCUUUUCUCUCUCUCUCGUGCAGGAAUGAUCAGCACGGUGGAGGUGCUGAGGCUGAUGGAAGCCUUCAUCAACGAGCCAAACUACACCGUGUGGAGCGACCUCAGCUGCAACCUGGGCGUGCUGUCCUCCCUCCUGUCCCACACCGACUUCUUCGAGGAGAUCCAGGAGUUCAUCCGGGACCUCUUCACCCCCAUCGGUCUCAAGCUGGGCUGGGACAGCAAGCCUGGGGAAGGUCACCUGGACGCCCUGUUAAGAGGUCUGGUUCUGGGGAAGCUGGGCAAAGCGGGACACAAACCCACUCUGGAGGAGGCCAGACGGAGAUUCAAGGACCACGUGGAAGGCAAGCAGGUCCUGCCAGCAGACCUGAGGAGUCCAGUGUAUCUAACAGUGCUAAAGCAUGGAGACAGUAGCACACUGGACACAAUGCUGAAGCUCCACAAGCAAGCAGACAUGCAGGAGGAGAAGAAUCGCAUCGAGCGGGUGCUGGGCGCCAUCUCCGCCCCCGACCUCAUCCAGAAAGUCCUCACCUUCGCCCUCUCCGAAGAGGUCCGCCCUCAGGACACGGUGUCGGUAAUCGGGGGAGUGGCGGGCAGUAGCAAACAAGGCCGGAAAGCCGCCUGGAAGUUCGUCAAAGACAACUGGGACGAGCUCUACAACCGCUACCAGGGAGGCUUCCUCAUAUCAAGGCUCAUCAAGCUCACGGUGGACGGAUUCGCCAUCGACAAACUGGCUGCUGAAGUGAAGGUGAGACCAUGA